AUGGACCGCCGCAGCAAAAUGGCCGAGAUCAAGCUCGUGUCCAAGUACUACCCGGUGGCCAACUACUCCUACCCCUCGCCCACCAGCCCGACCAGCAGCCACCUCGACCGAUGCUCAGUCGGCUCCGAGGCCUCCACGCCAGGCCUCAUCGACGACAGGACCGACUCCGAGGUAUCGCAGGAGGAUGACUACCAGCACGGUUCACACGCCACCGAGCUGUGGGAUAACUUCUGGCAGGCCGGAGGUGAAUGGCGCCUCGAAAUCGAAGAGCACCGGACACUUCGUCAGCACAAGUCGAACAAGCCAGUCGAGAUCUCAUGGCCGCUCCCUGACCGCAGGACCAACAACACCACGAUCAACAUGCGGAAAGCAUCCCCCACAUACUCUGCCUUUCCCAGCCUCAAGCCCCUUCCUCCGAUGCCCAGUAUUGUGCCAGCACCGCUAUCCCCAAUAUCACCUGCCGCAGUCAGCCCUUGCGCUCCCCCGCCGCGACCGCGCCGUCCCGAGGCGCUCCUCACCCCGUGCCUCAAGCAACCUGGCCAGAACACGGCCACCUGGAUCUCGGCUGCCCCCGCAAUGCCAGCACUGGGCACGGAUAACCGCCCCAAGACCUCCUCCGGCACAACCAAUCGUCCCAAGAAGUCCAUGGACAGCGGUCACGUCCGGAGCCGCAGCAAUGUCGGCAUCCACAGCGUCGUGCCGCGGCGCUCCCUGGAAGACAUAACCAAAGCCCCCUCCACCACCCACGAACAACCACCACAUGUACCGCGCCACUACAAGUCCACCACGUAUCUCGGAGCCGCCCGCCAGCUGCAGCGCCAGCAGCAACUUCAACAGCAGCAGCAGCAGUGGCAGCAGCCGGAGCCGCAGUCCGUGUUCGAGGACGAUUCGGACUGCGAGGAGUCGGCGGGCAUCUCGUUCUUCCGCUUCCACAAGCGUGCCGCCAGCGAAAAGUCGCCCACCACGACGGUGGCACAGGACAGCACGUCGCUGCGCAAGGGCCGCAACCGCGCCGACACUAUCCCGGCCCCGACGACAAAGUCGCCGGCUCCGGAGCGCGAGCGCAAGGUGGACGUGUUUGGUCGCAUGCUCGGUCGCCGCAGCCGAUGA